AAACAAAACAUUAUCAGUAUCUUCCACAAGCACCUGCUAUAGUUGUGUGGUGCAAACACCAAAAUGUUGCCUGCCAAAGUGUCAUUUGUUUUCCUGAUAGUGUACUGCGCAGUAACAUUUUCGCUAGGUCAGAUAGCUGUUGGCGAGGCAUGCACAGUGGAUCAGAGGGACAAGAUCACAACGGACUGCAGAGAGUUCAUCAAGCUGAAAGGCCCCGUCACAGCCCCGUCGUACACCGACGACUGCUGCGUCGCCAUAAGAGCGGUGCCCAAUCUCGACAUGGAGUGCAUCAUUCGCCUGCUCUCCAAUAAACAGAAGAAGAAGUACGACGUGGACAAGAUCCGGCGGCUCGGCAGCGUCCUCUGCAAUCCACAUCCGGUGAUGACGUAAAAUGGGGUGUGGCAGUAGUUUCUGAUGGAGUGCAUCGCGUCAACAAUAUGGAGCUUGAACUAUACAAACCCUACUGAUAAUGUGUCACCAUUUCAUAUGUAUAUGUACUCCAUUCAUUAACAAAAAAAAGUGUCUUA